GCAUUAGAUGGCGCCAUAAACGGCUAUAUAAAUUAAUCCUUAGACAGAUCGAUUGUAACCCGCCUAUUUCGCAUUUUUGCUGCCCCGAUCGAAUGUUCACCACAAAAGGUAAAAUUAAGAGGAUUCAUAGGCUAUUUUUGUUGAAGAGAUUGUAAAAUUCUUGAAUAAUCCCCAUUUUUUACGAAUCUACCGAAGCUCUCCGGUCAUAUUGAACAUCUUAUCCAAGGCCCAUCAAAUACCGUUUAAAGCUCGUUGAAAAAAAGCACUGUAUUCUAUAAAUUAUGGAAAGAACUCGAGCGAUUUCGUCUGAUGAAUUAAUUCUCGAGCACAUGAGAACAAAACGGGUAGUUGGAGUAAUGAAAAAGGAUGGAGAAGAGACACCCGCCUACUUGAAGAGGGUCGAAAAGACGUCAACUUCAUCGGAAGAUGGGGAUAGCGUUCUUAAACUCAUAAGAGAUAGUAGAUUGACAAAGGACAUUCAAGAGCGAUAUUUAAAAGGAGCGAGUAGUUCGAUAGAGGAGAAAGACGAUCAGGAUUUAAUGCUUCGACAUAUGAGAAAUAAUGGAGUAGUAAGGAAGAGUAUUGAAUAUAUCUCGAAUUUAUCAGUACCUUCAGAAUAAACAGAAGAAAUAGAGAACAACAUAAACUUUUACAAUAUAGAUUUAACUUUUUGCGUUAUAUUAUUGGAAGAAAAAGAGGCAGAAAGGGAAAGAAGGAAUGAUUGGAGGAAAUUACGAUAGAAAGAAGGAUUUUAGUUACGCUACAACUUCGAUUAAUAGUGAUUAUUCUUGGAAAAAAAAGAAGAAAAGGUCCUUCUCCUAUCAAUAUAAAAUAUCCAAUUUAUUUCAUAUUUCCCCCGUAACUAAAAGCUUUGUUAAAUGCCUUAAUCUUAGUUAUUUUAUAAAUUUCUUUAUACCAUUCUCUUUCUCUCUAUCAUCUCUGUUUCUUUCGAAGACUUGAAACUUUUACAAUCAACAUUUCGUUAUAAAAAAAGAGAGGAAAGCAAAGAUAACGUUAGCUUAUCUACUUUCCUGUUUUUGUUUUAUAUAUAUAUAUAUAUAUAUAGAGUAUAUAUACGUAUAUAUUUUUUUGGAAAGAUUUUAUAUAAAUAUAAAUAGUUCAAUAAGAUCUGUUGCAGGAAAAAAAAAUAGAUUUUCACCCAAAAUGAUGCUACUGAUUUUUUUUUUUUUUGCUUCUUUACUAUUAAUACUAUGAGUACGCUAUUAUUUCUAUUAUCAAUUUACAAUUAAUACUAUAAUCUCAAUUCAUUACUUAAUAUGCUUAAUUAAAACCUAUACAUAUAUAUAUA